CUUCGACUUUCUUCCCACAUUCCCACACACACACACACAGCGCAAGAAACCCUUUCGAGUUCGAAUCAAGGAGAAGAUGGAAGCUGGUACGAGGCUCCUUUCUCCAUCACCUCCGCCCAAGCAAGCAAGAACAUACAUUAGGAAUCCUUCCUUCGGUUCAGUUGCGAGGCUACAUGAUCAAGCUGUUCGGACAAUUAGAUCUGUGCCUGCUGCAUCGGUUGUGCGUCCUGUUUCGGCAUCAACUCUUUCAAAGGACCAACAGGAUGAUCGUAGAGCUAGUUUUAACAAGGAUGAAAAUAGAGCAACAGCAACACUGUUUAAACAGCUAACGGAUGUUGGAAGUUCAGAUAACAAAGAGAAGGAAGAGUAUGAUUUUGACCGACAUCAGAGAGGAUCUGAAGACCAAUUGCUUUAUCGUUCGGGUUUGUUGGAUCCAUUCCCAUCUUUCCACUGCAAGGAAAAAUCCCUAUUAGCGAUGUCCAUCGAACAAGAAGACAGUACUAAGUCUAUAGGUCAAGAUAAGAGAAUGCAGUCCGCUAAUGGUACAAAUUUCAUGACACUGGUGGAUGUUCUCGCCCUUGCUACAAGAGCUACAAUGGCCUCUAGAGAAGCCACAUCACUGGCAGAAAAAUCAAAUAUUUUAGCAGCACAGCUUCUUGAAUCUCAUUCUUCUCGCUUAAAUUAUGAUGGAUCAACCAAGGAAACUGUGAUCGAAGAAAAAAUGACCGUCAGAUCGAAACGAUUGUUGAAGAGGCAGUCCAAGAAACUCAAAAGUUUCAUCCUCGGAGAUACUAGAUCAGCAGCUGAAAUUAACAAGAAGAUAAAUAGAAGUCUUGAUUCAAAUGACCCCCUUAGAUCAUUUUUAUGGGGUCCUGAGACAAAGCAGCUGCUAACUGUUAAAGAAGAAAAGGACUUAUUCGUCCAGAUACAGGAUCUUAUGAGAUUGGAAGAAGUUCAACAGAGACUUCAGGUACAGUUUAAUCGUGAACCAACAUUGGCUGAGUGGGCUCAGUCUGUUGGAAUGAGCUGUGAUGUCCUGCGGUCCUUGAUUUCUUCUGGGCGACGCAGCCGGGACAAGAUGAUCUAUGCUAAUUUCCGUCUUGUGGUGCAUUUGGCUAGACAGUAUGAAGGGAAGGGCCUCAAGUUUCGGGAUCUAUUGCAGGAGGGAAGCAGGGGGCUGAUGAAGAGUUUAGAGAAGUUCAAGCCCAAUGCUGGCUGCAGGUUUCCGACUUAUUCUUAUUGGUGGAUAAGACAAUCAAUUAGGAAGGCCAUAUUUCAGAAUUCACGAAUCAUUCGUCUUCCGGAUAACAUUUAUGCAUUUCUAAAGGAGAUAAAGUAUGCGAGGAGACUGUGCAUUCAAGAAGGCCGGCUCCCAACAAAUGAAGAGAUCGCAAAGCGGGUUGGCAUCACAGUUAAGAAAUUGGAAAAACUGCUCCUAUACUUUAGAGAUCCAGUAUCAAUUCAGGAACAUGCUUGGCAGAAUGUCACUUUUCAAGAGAUCACAGCAGACCCUGGGGUUGAGAUUCCUGAUCUUAUCGUCGCGAAGCAGCUGAUGAGACAGCAUGUUCACGACAUUCUAAAGACCUUGAAGCCAAGGGAGAGGAAGAUAAUUCAGUACCGGUUUGGAAUGCAUGAGAACAAGAAGAAGACUCUAAGCGAGAUUGGCGAUAUAUAUGGCCUGUCGAAUGAAAGGAUACGACAGCUCGAGAGCCGAGCUCUGAACAAGCUGAAAGAGUGGUGCCUUACAACUCAAGGUCUAAAGGCGUACCGAGACUUGCUCGUCUGAUCCUACCCAUCUUCAACUUCCAUACCCAGUCAUCAAAUUUACCUCCUUUACUGUAUUUUGUCUGUCAUCUGCUCCAAUCCAUCACAUGCCUAUAAUCUACUGUACAUAAUGAGGAAGUCAUGAAUGGCUUUUAAGCUCA